AUGUUUAAGAUGAAAAGGCUGAUACUAAAUUUAAUAUUCUUUCAAAUAUAUAUUACUCAGAAAUUUGUAUUAUGUUCAAAGUUGGUUCAUUAUUCAGUAGGCGGACACGCAUCAACAUCAAGAGUAAAAGGAAGAAGUAGUAAUGACUAUCAGGUUUCAGGAUUAAAUGGAUAUGCGUGCCCAAAGUUUGACAAGGAUGUGAAAGGAUUUGCAUGUUUUGGUAUGAAUACUGCAUAUACAGUUAAGAAAAAUAGUUGGCAAGAGUGCGCAAAUCAGUGUUAUUGGAGUAGAUUUACAAUACUUGGGAAUUGCCAGAAAUCUUUAUAUAAUUCAAAUAACCAAGAUUGUUAUAUUAAAAAUGGUGAUACUGCUUGCGAGAAAGAUUCUGGUGGUAUGAUUUUUUUAAAUAGACAAAGUUAUAUGAUUGGAGAAUGCGCAACAACAUGUACUGUAUCAGGUUGGUCAGAAUGGACUCCAUGUUCAGGUGUUUGUGGUGAGAUGAGAUCAAGAUCAAGGUCUGUGAAAAGUCAGCCAAAAUAUGGGGAAUAUUGUCCAAAUUUGAUAGAAUAUUCGAAUUGUCCUGUAGCGAGUAAAUGCCCAGAAGAUUGUCCACAAUAUGGAGUUUCAAUAUUAGGAUGGGGUUGUCAGUUUGAGUCAACAUUUUCAUUCAAUAAAAAUUUGUUUGUUACUUAUGAAGAAGAUUGGAAAGGAUGUUUAUCAACUUGUAAGCAGGAUCCAUUAUGUGUAGCUUGGUCAUAUAAUGCAACAUUGUCAGAAGGACCAGAUUCAGUUGGUUUUUCAAGAGAAUAUCGUCCAUGUUAUACACAUAGAUUUGCUUCAGGAUGCCAUGUUCUAGCUCCAGGGUGGGUAUCAGGUAAUAAGAAUACAAGAGAAAGUGAUUGUGAAACUGGCAGUUGCAUACAUAAUGAAUGGUCAUCUUGGAGUAAAUGUAGUGAUCCUUGUAGUAAUACAGAGACAAUGAGUAGGAAUAGAACAGUAAAAAGCGUAACUCAGAAUUGGGCAACUGUACCAUGUAGGGAUGAAACUCAAUAUCAACUUUGUUCAGAAGAUCCACAAAGUAUUGCAACUUGUACGACUUGUUUAGUAAGCCAAUGGACUGCUUGGUCGAUUUGUUCAACAACAUGCGGGGAAGGUGUUAGGACUAGAACACGUAAUAUUACUAAACCUCCUCAAAAUGGGAAUAAUUCAACAUGCCCCGAAUUAAUUGAAGAAGAAAGCUGUAAUAAGGAUUUGGAAUGUUUAAAUGCAUGCGAAGUAGGAAAAUGGUCAGAUUGGUCACCAUGUAGUGUAACUUGUGGAUCUGGAACAACAGUAAGAAAUAGAGAAGUAAAAGGGAGCAAUUGCACAGAAUCAGCAAUAGAGUCAAAGAAUUGUAAUUUAAGUAAUUGUGGGGACAAUUCUCAAUCAUGUACAGCAGUAAUGUCGGUUUGGUCAGAGUGGUCAGUUUGUAGUGAGAAAUGUGAUCAAGGAUUAGUAAGAAGGUAUCGUGAUUUUGAUUUUUCAAAAAUUGGAGUUUUUGGUUAUGAUCCACCUGGUACAGCAGAAGAACAAAAAAAGGUAAGAGAAACUUGCAAAGAUACUCCAACAUUGGAGGAAGAGCCAUGCACUUCAGGUACCGCUUGUACUCCAGGAUGUAAAUAUACUGAAUGGGGUUCUUGGUCAGACUGUGAUUGUUCUGGGGAACAGACCAGAAAAAGAGUUGUUACUUUCCCCGAAGGUGUAAUUGAUGCAAUUUGUCAGAAUUCUACAGAUGCUAGGUUAUGUAGUAAACCUGAGGGUUGUACGGAAACCGCUCCAGAUUCUGGAAACGCUUCUCUUGCAAUUGCUAUUGGAUUACCAAUUGGUAUUCUUGGAUUAUGUAUUAUUGCAGGCUCUCUUUUCCUUAUCGGCGGAGGUAAUGAGCAGGAGGAGGAUGAGACUAAUUAUCAAUACUUUGAUCAAUCUUCUGAUGUAUUAGAUCAAGACUCAGAAUAUGUUCAAGAAAUUGGCCCUGAGAAUCAGAACUGGGCUAGCUAA